AUAAUACAUUACUGUUAUAACUUCUUCUUGCUCUGUAUUUGUUCUUUAGGCACGAAUGGGACAAGUUAAAGGCCACCUUAUCCUUUCAGCUGAAGCAGGUUUUGUCGGAGUAUCCUGAGGCAAAAAUGACGGAUGAACAGAAAAAUGCUUCUCUAGGAGAAACAUUUAUUGAGUUGGUAAAAAGGUUGGAUGAAGUUCUCCAUAGCUUCGAUCGAGGUCCUCCAUUAACCCUUCAGAGGCUGUGCGAGAUCCUCCUGAAUGCCCGGGGCAUUUAUCCAAAUCUCUCCAAGCUUGCACUAGCACUUGAAAAGAAUCUCCUUGUGACAUCCAUGCUUACCAUCUCCACCGAUCCAUAUCCACAACCAACGACAAUAGAGCCAAACGAACCGGAGAACAAACCGGAGAACGAACUGGAAAAGGCUAUCGAGGAACCAAAAAUGGAAUCUAUUUCUGCACAAAAUGGGGUAGAAGAUGCGACUGGUGAUAAAGAUGAAGUAAUGACAGAGGUAGAAGAAGCCGAUACUGUUGACAACAUGACAAUCGACAUGGAAGCCUUGGAGAAUUUUGUUGAAUCUACUGAAACAAACACCGCCCCCCCCAGCUCAUAAUUCUUGGUUUCCAGUACUUUGGCUCGCACAUUAAUUCUAGGCGCUUAGCUGUCGGUAUGGCAAUGCUGUUGGAUUCUGAUGAAGAUAAAUAUAAGGUAAUCAUAUGGGAAGGCAAAUUUUCUACGGAUAUUUCUUAUAUGGUCAUCUACUUGUACAAUCCAGUUCAUUGACUUGAGGAGGACCCAUUCUGCUUCCUCAACAUUUUAUUUUAUAUUAAUUUCAGUUACAUUGAGUUGUGUAACUAUACAUGUUUAGGGGCUAUAAAGCUGAAGUCUGUCUGUCUGUCUGUGAUGUCUUCUGUGGUAGUUAAGAAUUCCAGUAGUUUCUUGUUUUGCAAGGAAACCCAUCUCCAUUCAUGCUAUUACAUCACUGUAUUUUUGUCCCAAGGCGACUGAUGAUGAUUCUAGUUUCAAAACUUGUCAUAUUAUUUUUUAUAAAUGUGUUUAGAGAAUGAAGUGCAUUUGCAACUCCAA